GCAAACUGGGUCAGAGCAAAAGUUUUUCUUUUCAAGACAUCGUGUGGAGUCCUGAAUGUGAGCAUGUGAGUUUUAGCUCUUCUUCUUCUUUUCUUGAUUUUGCAAUCCAUGGUUUUGCAAACAUGUUUCAAAAGAGACUGAGUUCAAUUCUGUGCCAUAAAUAAGUGGUGCGAGGGAGUUGGAGCAAUAAAUUUUUCAGAUCUUGCUAGAUUUCUGUAAACAAUGCUAAAUGUGCUGGAGAAGGAACAGCUGGACACAGCUGGAUCCCAGACAAAUUAAAUAUGCUUAAUCAGAGCGAACAGCAAACAGCAACAGCGAGAACCGCAGCAACCAUGAAGUUUCAAGCUCUUGCCAUCCUUCUGCUUUUCACCUGCAUGUACCUGAGUGUGGCGCAAGGCUCCUACGACAACUGCUGCCUUGGCUAUGUUAGAGAAAUUGGAAAAGGUAUGAGGAGGAACAUCGAGAGCUACAGGAUACAGGAAACAGAUGGCGAUUGCAACAUCAGAGCGAUUGUGUUUACAAUGAAAAGGAGGCGCAAUGGCGUUCAGAAAACCCUUUGUGCCAAUCCCAUGGAGCUCUGGGUGCAGGCGCAGAUAAACAAUAUGAAUGGAAGAAUCCUGAAAAGAAGUCCCUAAAGGAGAAAUACCAGAGAGGAGAGAGAAAAGGGGUCACUUCACCCCCCUGUCAGGCGCCGUUUGUCAUCUUUAAUGACAUGGAUUGUGUUUCCUUAUUUUUAUAUUUCCUGUAGCUGAGAGUGAAUAUAAAACAUGUACGCAGUCCUUUAUAGCACAAUCAUAAUUUAUCAUGAAAGUUAUAGCCAGUAUCAACAAUUUCAUUUGUAUGAGCCAUUACUAUGAUACUGUCCAUUUCUCUAUGAGGUGUAGAACCUGCUAAGAAUGAGCCACUCUUUGGCAGCUUUAAAAUGUGAGUAAAUCUGUGUAAAAAAAAAAAAAGAAACACCUUUGUCAUAAGCUGAUUUUCUCUUUUUAUAUAUUUGCAUAUAUACAGCAAACUAUUUUUGUAUCCACACUAAAUGUGCAUUUUUUUUUUCCUACAAUAAAAAAGCGGAUUAAAAACAAAAA